AUGCGCGGCGGUAGCGACAGCAUUGAAAGUGCUCCUGUGGCCCGCGUAAACACCUCAGAAUGGACGCUCGACUACCCUCCCUUCUUCGCCUACUUCGAAUGGCUGCUCUCGCAAGCUGCUCAGUAUGCCGAUGCAUCCAUGCUGCAGGUGAAGAACCUGGGCUACGACAGCUGGCAGACCAUCUACUUCCAGCGGGCGACGGUUGUUGCGUCUGAACUGGUGUUGCUUUACGCUCUUUACCUUUUCGUCAAAUCUUCCCCAUCAUCGUCGAAGAAGCAGUCCCACGCAGCCGCGGUGUCCAUCCUGCUGUCACCUGGGUUACUGAUCAUCGACCACAUUCAUUUCCAGUACAACGGCUUCCUCUACGGCAUUCUCAUCCACUCCAUCGUCUUUGCACGCUCGGACCCUGGGAAAUUAGCUAGCGGCAUCGUCUUCGCCGCUUUGCUCUGCUUGAAGCACAUCUACCUCUACCUGGCGCCAGCGUACUUUGUCUAUCUGCUUCGUGCUUACUGCAUUGGACCGCGAUCAAUUUUCGACAUUCGGUUCUUCAACUGCAUCAAGCUUGGCUUGGGGCUCGGUGCGGUCUUCGCGCUGGCUUUUGGACCCUUCGCCUACCUUGAGCAGAUUUCGCAACUCUUGAGCCGGCUGUUUCCAUUCUCGAGAGGACUUUGUCAUGCAUACUGGGCCCCGAAUGUAUGGGCGAUGUACUCAUUCACCGACCGAGUUCUGAUUCUUGUUGCGCCCUACCUCAAACUCCCCCUCAACACCUCCGCAGUCAACAGCGUCACCCGCGGCCUCGUAGGCGACACCUCCUUUGCCGUCCUCCCCAACAUAACACCCCGCACGACCUUCAUCCUCACCCUCGCCGCUCAAAUCCCCGCCCUCCUCAAACUCUUCCUCGCCCCAACCUGGCACACCUUCGUCUCCACCCUCACCCUCUGUGCCUACGGCUCAUUCCUCUUCGGCUGGCACGUGCACGAAAAGGCCAUCCUGCUCGUCAUCAUCCCCUUCUCCCUGCUCGCGCUCAAAGACCGUCGGUAUCUAGGCGCUUUCCGGCCGUUGGCGGUGGCGGGGCAUGUGAGUUUGUUCCCGCUGUUGUUUACGGCGAUGGAGUUUCCGGUGAAGGUGGUGUAUACGGUUUUCUGGUUGGUGGCGGUGUUGUUGGUUUUUGAUCGGGUGGCGCCUGCGUCGGAGAAACCGCGCGUGUUCCUGCUGGAUCGAUUCUCGUUGCUGUAUAUUGCGGUGGCGAUCCCGUUGAUUGCGUAUUGCUCGCUGGUGCAUCAGAUGGUGUUUGGAGCGAAGUAUGAGUUCUUGCCGUUGAUGUUUAUCAGCUCGUACUCGGCGAUCGGGGUUUUUGGGAGCUGGGUAGGGUUUUUGGUCGUUUUCUUCACGGAGUGA